AAUACAACAGUGCCCGGUUUCCAGCAAAAAGGACGUCCCAACUUACCGAAUUGUUCCAGUGUCUCAUAGAAAUUUCCCCCAAGACCUCAUGACAGUAUUCCAGGUGCACGUUUGGCAAAUCUCCCGAUGUAAUCCAGGACCAUGAUAUUAAUUCUACACUCAUGCCCAACCGCCCCUUUCUCGUCGAUGGCCAAGCUAACAGACUUAUUGCGGCGUCAUAUAAAUAACUCUAGUACGCUUCUCGCGGCGCUAUAUCAAUACCACUAGCGCCCAGGCUCUCGUUUUCAUACCCCCACGCCAUUGAAAGGAAAACAAGCAUGCUAUCACACAUGCUGUUCGUUUGGGCGCCUGAAGCAGUCGUGGACGAUAAGCCCAGGCCUAGGACAUUCUUUAUAUUUUACGCCGCAAUCUUCCCAUUCAUCCUAUCUGCUGCCCGAUUACCAACGAGUAAUGAGAACUUUCAUUGGAGACUGACACUGUCAGAUGGGACAACAGCCCCAGAUCUCAGAACUCUGCCCGAGUACCCCCUGCGCCACAUCUCCAUCAGGAAUAAUAUUCUCACUAGACCGGAGGUCCAGUCGAUGGUCCUGGAGGUUUUCCAAACGUGCGUCUGGGAUACUGUCGUGGGGUCUUGGGGGAAAUGUUUGUGGGAUACUGGAAAAAUUCGUCAUCCCGACCGCCGCAAUCGGGGAUGCGCGCUAGACAGUGAUGGUGUAAGAACAAGGACCGGCCAGCAGGAACUGAAAGAGAAAAGGGGGAUCAACCACUGUGCGCCAUAUAUUGUAUCCGCCACGGAUGUGAGGCAAAUGAAUGCAAUCGGUGAGGAGCUUCCUUACCGAAGGACAUGGGCGCCUUCAUGA